UGAAGGAUUUCUUCUUCACCAGAACAGAACCUCGGAGGAAUAUCUGCUUCACCAUGACCCUGGAGGAGGUUCUGAUCCAGAAGCCUGAGCGCGCUCAGUGCGCCGGGGAGGCCCUGCGGGAGGUUCUGGUCUCCGCCAAAGACAACGAGUCUCUCACCGUGGGGGUGUACGAGUGCGCCAAAGUCAUGAACCUAGACCCGGACAGCGUGUCCUUCUGCGUCCUGGCCGUGGACGAGCAGUUCGAGUGCGACGUGGCCCUGCAGAUCCACUUCACCCUCAUCCAGUCCUUCUGCUUCGACAACCACAUCAGCCUCGUGAGGGUCGGGGACGCGCAGCGCCUGGCCGACGUCGUGCGCGACGUGAAGGCGGAGCAGCUGGAGGACGCGCGCUGCGUCCUGAUCACGACCCCUGCAGAGGACUGGGAGGACCCGGCCCUGGACAAGCUGCACCGCUUCUGUGAGGAGAGCCGCCGGAAGAACGACUGGCUCCCGGAAGUCACUCUGCCCGCGCGCUGAGCUCCUCCACCUGCGCGAGCCUGCAGCUCAGCAUCAUCAUCAUCAUCAUCCCUGGACGCUCCUGGGGAGGUUCCGGUCCAGGCCGCACGGCGCCGGCCCCCCCAGCGUGGCUCCAUUCUUUCUGUGAAUGAGGCCGGGGGGGCCGCAGGGGCCACACGUCGACCCUCAUUCUUUGUGCGGAUGAGGUUUGGAGAGGGAGAAGAAGCGCGCGUGCCCCCGUGGCAGCGCGCACGCACGCGCAGCAGGAGAAGCGGUGCUGAGGAAGAGGAGCUCAUGGAAAGAGACUUUUCACUGACGGCCUCUUCGUGGAAGCAACAC